GGCGUCCGACACCCGGGGAACGAUAAGUCGACAUCCGAAGCGGCGGUGCGGCUGCGUCUGGCUCCGGGAACUGUGGGUGCCGGACAUUUCUCUAUGAUUGUUUUCUUUGCGGAGAAAUGCUGCAGACCGGCUUGCCUUCGCCGCCAGGAGCCGGUUUCAUCGUCCUCUUGCUGCUGUGCCGGGGCUGGGUAUGCGGCGCGGAGCUGCGUCUCUCCCAGGGAGACUCGCGGGUGCCCAGCCGAUACGCGUCGCACUCCGCCCCCGGCGGGGCAGGCGAGGAGGCUCGCAGCGCUGCUGCGGCGGACAGCACUGGCCUGUCAGCGUGGACGUACCAGCGCGGUUCCCACACGCACUGGACGAGCGCCCUGUCGACCGCGACGACUCCCGACUCGGCGUCCUCGCGGAGCUCCGCCUCGCCUACGCCAGAGCCGUCGGCGGAGCCGCCGCGGGAGCGAGGGGCCGUUCCGUUGCCGGCGUCCGCGCCCGCUGCCUCCGUGGACGCGGCUGCACUGCCCUCGCUCGCGGCCUCUAGGACGCCGGGGGCGGACGCGUCGCCCGGGUCGCUUCCCGGCGACGUGAUCCAGCCCACGAUGGUCUUCGGGGGACAUUACGGUGUCUUCAGCACCGCGCUGCCCGCGGAGGCCUCGUCGAGCUCGGGGGCCAUGGCCGGGGGGGCAGCGACCACGCAGGCCGGCGACUCGACGCCAGCGCUCCAGAUCACCACCUGGACGUACGGCCAUGCCGACGGCGCGGCGAGCCUUUCGUCGUCGUCGUCGUCGUCGUCGUCGCCCGUCUCGGGGACCUCUGAGCACGGCGACGGGAACGCGGGCCCCCGUGGGACGAGCGUUGGCCCACGGGCGACGGACGAUCGCGGAGCGGCCCCCGUCGCGCCGUCGCUCUCGAGCGGCACGGUGCCGUCGUGGACGGACACCAAGCUCAUCACGACGGCGACGGCGCACACGGACGGGCCCGCCGCCCACUUCCACUGGCUCCUGCGGCGCGCAGACAUCGCCUGGAUCGUCACGGCCAUCACUGUUGUCGUAGCAACCUCCGUUCUAGGAGGCGUGCUGUGUGUGUCCCGGCGGAGGAAAGAGGCCUCUCACGAGAGGAACCUGAGCUACUGGAACGAGGCCAUCACCCUCGACUAUUUCCGGCACGCGGUCCAGCUCCCACAAGACCUGCCCUACGGGACGCACCCCACGGUGGCAACUAUAUCGCUGGACGAGAUGGCUCUACCAGAGGAAGACGGAGGCCUCACGUUCAUCAACACGUUUGCAAAGGGAGUGACGUUCGCGGACGGGCACAGAAGCACGGAGCUGUGAGCCGGACAUCACGCAGCCAUCUCGCUUUCCUUCAGGCGCCGUUUUACUUUCACCGCCGCGGAGUCCAAAGUCCUCCGGGGCCGAGUGACGGUCGCCUCCGCUGAGCGGCGAACUUGGCCGGAGGCUAUCGCCGCCGCUGUACCGCAGCGGUGUUCACCAAGUUGCUCGCUCGUCGGCCGAGGAGAGGGGAGAGCCGAGCGCCGCUCCCGCCACGAUUGACGCACGCGCCAACGGAGCGCACGGCGCAGGCGGUCCUCGCGUGAGCAGGGCGAAACUUUCUGGGGGGGGGGG